CCGUUUUCUACUAUAAAUAUCAUACCGCACUGUCAUUGGCUAGCGCUGCCAAUUGGAGCUCUGGAGAAUGACUUCUCUUCAUGCAGCACUCUGCAACAAAUCUCUCUCUGCAACUCUACAAUCUUCGAACCCUAAUUUUCUCUCUCCACAACUGGCAAGAACAACCCAGAGGAACUCAUUCCAACCACUAAAUGCAAUCUUUAACGAUUUUCUCCACAGAAGUGCAAGCUCAAACUCUAAAAAGUCAUUGUUCCCGCUAAAUGCCGUCACCAAUAAUCCUUUCUCUAUAGAUGGAGCCUCAAACCCUAAUUUUUUGGCUCCAGAGACAACAAACCCUAGAAGAACUUUUGUCCCUGCAACCCCCUCUAAGACCUCUGCUCUAUCUGAGCUCCAGGAAAAAGCUUCUUUUGAUUCCUCAGAUUUGGAAUUAGGGUUUGGAAAGGGCAGAGAAAUCAUAGAAAUUGAGAAUAAGUAUUUAGUGAGGACUUAUGAGAGGCCUCCUGUUGUUUUUGUUUCUGGGAAGGGAUGUAGAUUGUAUGAUACAGAAGGGAAAGAGUAUUUGGACAUGGCUGGUGGGAUAGCUGUUAAUUCUAUUGGGCACUCAGAUCCAGAUUGGGUGAAAGCCAUUACUGAACAAGCUAAUACCCUUACCCAUGUUAGCAAUGUCUACUAUUCUAUUCCACAGGUAAUGCUUGGAAAACGCCUCGUGGAUUCUUGCUUUGCUGAUCGCAUCUUUUUCUCGAACUCUGGUACUGAGGCAAAUGAAGCUGCUAUUAAAUUCGCGAGAAAGUUUCAGCGAGAUAUUCGGCCAAAUGACAAAAACCCACCUACAGAAUUCAUUUCAUAUACAAACUCCUUCCAUGGAAGGACAAUGGGAUCUCUUGCUCUGACAAGCAAGGAGCACUAUAGGUCACCUUAUGAACCUGUAAUGCCAGGAGUAACAUUCUUAGAAUAUGGAGAUAUAGAAGCGUCUGUAAAGGCAAUCCGUUCUGGAAAAAUAGCUGCAGUCUUUGUGGAACCUGUGCAGGGUGAAGGUGGAAUUUACAGCGCUGCGACGGAGUUUUUAGAGGCACUACGAAGUGCUUGCAAUGAUGCUGGGGCACUUCUUGUCUUUGAUGAGGUCCAAUGCGGGCUCGGGCGCACAGGCCGCCUAUGGGCCCAUGAGGCUUAUGGUGUAAAGCCUGACAUGAUGACGCUGGCCAAGCCUCUAGCUGGUGGCUUACCUAUUGGUGCAACCCUAGUGACUGAACAAGUCGCAUCAGUCAUGAACCCAGCUGAUCACGGGAGCACCUUUGCCGGUGGCCCUCUAGUGUGUCACUCUGCUCUCACUGUGCUUGACAAGAUCCAAAGCCCUGGCUUUUUAGACAGCGUGGCCAAAAAGGGCCUCUACACAGAGGGGCUUCUAAGGAAGAAGCUAGGGUCCAACCCUCAUUUGAAGGAGAUUAGGUUUGCUGGUCUUCUUAUUGGGGUGGAACUUGAUGUUAAGGCUCAGCCUUUGGUCGAUAAGUGUAGGGAUGAAGGCCUUCUUGUUUUAACAGCAGGUAAAGGGAAUAUCGUCAGGCUUGCGCCUCCGCUUGUUAUAUCGGAGCGCGAGCUCGAACAGGGAGUGGAGAUUUUAUGCAAAUGCUUUCCUGCUUUAGAUGGUGAGACUCAUUGAACUAGAUAGGCUUGACAUUCUCAUGGUGCUUCUUGCGUUAAAGGAGAAUAUGAUUGCUGUGUAUCAGCCGAAGGUCUGGUUCAGUUGAAUUGUUGUAGGACUAGUAACAGUUAAAAGUGCUCUAAUGGAUUAUAUGAGUGAUUCAGUAAUAUAAUUGAUUUCGCUUUUGUAGAAUUGAAGGAGAAUGUUGGUGUAGGGAAUGAAGGUGAUGUAAUGGACAUGUUGAAUGGUACUUGUUAUGUUUUGACCUGAAGUCGGGUGUAAUAUUUGUAAUUUAUUCGUUAAGGAAAGAAAAAGUUUAUAUA